UCUCUCUCUCUCUCUCUCUCUCUCUCUCUCUCUCGACAAAGAAUAAAUGAUGGAUGGUAACAGCAUCUGCAUAGACAAUCUCAGCUCAACAAGCGACUCCAAUUUUAUUCCACUGCCGUCGAAAUCAUUGCAGCCGCAGAGCCUCUGCCAUCUUGGCAGUGGCACUGGCGAUAUUGACUGUGAAGGUGCCAUCGAAGCCGAGUCAAGGAAGCAGCCCUCGUCCAAGUACAAGGGCGUCGUCCCCCAGCCGAACGGCCGCUGGGGCGCGCAAAUCUACGACAGUCGUCAGAGGGUGUGGAUCGGCACCUUUAGCAAGGAGGACGAGGCCGCGUUGGCCUACGACAUUGCCGCCAAGCGCUUCCGCGGCCGAGACGCCAUCACCAACUUCAAGCAGAGGUCCGACACUGAAGACUGCGAUCUCGAAGCUGCUUUCCUGAAUUCCCAGUCCAAGGAGGAGAUCGUCGACAUGCUGCGGAAGCACGCAUACUAUAACGAGCUCGAGCAGAGCAAGAGAAAGUACUUCAACGCCAAUGGCAGACAUUCUGGUUUAGAUCCAUCCGGGCCGGAUCGGGCGGCAAUGGCCUGUCAUCUUCUCUUCCAGAAGGAGGUCACGCAGAGUGAUGUAGGGAAGCUAAAUCGGUUCGUGAUUCCGAAGCAACACGCCGAGAAGCACUUCCCCCUGCGCAACCGCACGAGCCCUACGACUUCAAAGGGCGUUUUGCUGAAUUUCAUAGACAAGUGGAGGCAAAGUGUGGAGAUUCGGUACUCGUAUUGGAACAGCAGCCGUAGCUACGUGCCGACGCGGGGUUGGACCCGGUUCGUGAAGGAGAAGAGCUUGAGGACUGGAGACAUCGUCGGCUUCCACCGGUCGGCCGGGCAGAAGCGGCUUCAUAUCAAGUGCAUGAGGAGGAGCGGGCUGAGCCGGGCCGGGCCCAUCCAUCCGGUCCAAAUGGUGAGGUUAUUUGGCGUCGACAUCUUGAAGUGUCGGCGGAGGACGGCGGCGGCUACGGUGGUGGUGGUUAAGGAAGUUAAGAAUAAAAAGGCCGAAGCAAGGAAUAUGAAAUUUUGUACAUAUUUUAAUGUAUAUCAUAAUGAAAGUAUAUGGACUUAUUAUAAGCUUUACAAGAUGACAUCUUAG